AAACUACUCUCUCUCUCCUCAGACUCCAGGCCGAUCCAGGCUAGGAUGGGCAGCCCAGUGCACCGAGUGUCGAUGGGGGACCCCUGGAGCAGGCGAGUGCACCCUGACAUAGGGAGCGAGAGGUCCACGCGGUCCUUUGAUGUGGAGCGGCUCACCAACAUCCUUGAUGGAGGUGCCCAGAACACUGCAGUCCGGAGGAAAGUCGAGAGCAUCAUCCACAGUGACCCCGUGUUUAGCCUGAAGGAUAAUUAUUUCAUGAGCCAGAAUGAACGUUACGAGGCCAGCGUUCAGAAGAAAUUCCACAUCCAGAUGAUAGCACAGCGCCUGGGCUGGUUGGAAGACAGUCGUGAAUUAUACUAUGCUGCCAGAAUCUUUUCUGGAGACCUGGCCUUAGGUUUACAACACAUCUUCCUGAAAGCCCUCAGGAGCCUGGGCUCGGAGGAGCAGAUUGCCAAAUGGGCCCCACUCUGCAACACGUUCCAGAUCAUCGCGACAUACGCCCAGACAGAACUGGGACACGGGACAUAUCUUCAGGGCCUGGAGACUGAAGCCACCUAUGAUGCAGACACGCAGGAGUUUGUGCUGCACAGCCCCAAGAUAACUGCCAUCAAAUGGUGGCCGGGUGACCUGGGACGGUCAGCCACCCAUGCCCUGGUCCAGGCCCAGCUGAUCUGCUCGGGAGCCCGGCGGGGCAUGCAUGCCUUCAUUGUGCCCAUCCGGAGCCUCCAGGACCACACCCCUCUGCCAGGAAUCACCGUUGGAGACAUUGGGCCCAAGAUGGGCUUUGAGCAAACGGACAACGGCUUCCUGCGGCUGGACCACGUGCGGGUCCCCAGGGAGAACAUGCUGAGUCGCUUUGCACAGGUCUUGCCAGAUGGCACCUACAUCAAGCUCGGAACAGCACAGAGCAACUACCUUUCCAUGGUGGUGACACGGGUGGAGCUGCUGUUGGGCGAGAUCAUACCGCUGCUGCAGAAGGCUUGCGUCAUCGCCAUUCGCUACUCAGUCAUACGCCGCCAAUCCCAGCUCCGGCCCGGUGACCCGGAGGCAAAAAUCCUAGACUACCAGACACAGCAGCAGAAGCUUUUACCUCAGCUGGCCAUGGCCUAUGCAUUCCAUUUCCUGGCGACCAACCUCUUGGAAUUCUUCCAUCACUCCUACAAUGCCAUUCUGAACAGAGACUUCAGCCUCCUGCCUGAGCUUCAUGCACUGAGCUCAGGGGUGAAGGCCAUGGUAUCAGACUUCUGCACCCAGGGAGCUGAGCUGUGUCGCAGGGCCUGCGGUGGACACGGCUACUCAAAGCUGAGCGGCCUGCCAUCAUUGGUCACCAGAGUGACAGCCUCCUGCACCUACGAGGGUGAGAACACUGUGCUCUACCUGCAGAUGGCCAGGUUUUUGGUAAAGAGCUACCUGCAGUCUCAGGCAUCCCCAGGCUCCACAUCGCAGAGGUCUCUCCCUCAGUCUGUUGCAUACCUGACCGCACCUGACCUGGCCAGGUGCCCAGCCCGGAGGGCAGCUGACUUCCUUCACCCAGAAGUCUAUACCAGAGCCUGGGCACAUGUGGCAGUCAGGCUCAUAAAGGACUCGGUGCAUCAUUUACAGACUCUGCAGCAGUCCGGGGCUGACCAGCACGAGGCAUGGAACCAGACCACUGUCAUACACCUCCAGGCUGCUAAGGCACACUGCUACUAUGUCAGUGUGAAGAGUUUUACGGAAGCUCUGGAGAGACUAGAAAAUGAACCAUCAAUUCAGCAAGCACUCAAACGUCUCUGUGACCUCUAUGCUUUGCAUGGCAUCCUGUCUAACGCGGGUGACUUUCUCCAUGAUGACUUCCUGUCUGGGGCUCAAGUAGAUGUGGUGAGAACAGCCUACCUGGACCUGCUCCCCCUCAUCCGCUCCAAAACCUUGCUAAAUUGGGGGAACCCUGCCUAUGAGAAAUAUAUAAGACCACUAUUACAAAGCUGGAGAGCCAAGCUAUGAAAUAAUCAACAGCAUUCAAGAGGCACUGCUAUGCGACAAUGCCCGUAUGGCAUAUACAUCAUUAAAACUUUAAAGUGCAUAUGUAUGUAUUUUUGAAAGAGUUAUUAUCUUUUAGAGACACAGUCUGAAGUGAACGAAAUACCUGUGAUUUACUAUAAAAUGAUCCAUGGGAGGAAAACGGGGGAGUGAAAAGUUGUUGAUGUUGGUACAUGGGUACAUGGGUGUUGACACUAUUCUCUUAUGAAUAUGUUUGAAAUUUCCCACAAUAAAACACAGUAGCACUAUU